CCCGUUUCCAUCCAAUGGCACGCGCGUGCACCGCGGAGAAACGACCCGCAGCGUUUGCGGAGAGAACGACAACCAACCCUUUAAACUGCUGUGACCCAUUCAGAGCCUGAGUCACCCGAGCACACAUUCUCUGACUGAGUGGAUACGAGGUUGGAUACGAGAGAGAGAGAGGAAGAGCGGGCAACUUUUUGAGAGAAAGCGCGCAGAAACUCACCGCCGCAUCCCAUCCCGAGACUGCUGGCAUCCGACAGAAACUGCGCGCGCGUCUUGAGCGACACGGACCGUUAAAAGAUGUGAUUAUUUCCCCUUCUGUCUCCGACAGGUGUCUUUAUUUUACAGAGGAACAAAGAUGAGAAUUCACUAUUCUGAAGCUGCUUCCGUCCUAAUCAUCCUUCAGUCGCUGUGGUGGGGCUUGAAUUGUCAAUGUGAGGAACCAAUAGAAAGCUCCAAACUCGACCUCUCAGUGACCUAUGACCUCCCUUACUUUGUGUCUGACACCCCCAUUCAGAAGCUGUUGGAAAUCAAUGGAACAGUGUAUGUUGGUGCCGUCAAUAGACUUUACGCUCUGUCGAAAGACCUCAAGAAGAAACAUGAGUAUAAGACUGGACCGGUCCAUGAGGGUCCAGACUGCAAGACCCCAGCAGAUCAAUGCAGUGGUUGCGAAAACAAGCCCCACAACACAAACAACACCAAUAUGGCCCUGUUAAUGGAGACGUUCUAUGACCUGGAGCUCUUCAGCUGCGGCUCGGUCGGGAAUGGUGUCUGCAGUCGUCACGUGUUAGAGGAUGGGCCUCUGGGUGCGGAAGUAACUUGCAUGUAUACCAAAAAGAAUGAAGGCAGCAGCCACGGUUGCCCAGACUGCCUGGCUGGACCUGCGGGCACUCAGAUCCUCAACAUAAUGAGCGGUCGUGUUGUCAGGUUUUUCGUUGCAAACUCUGAACCUCUUGAAUCAAACGGUCCACGUCUCCACCACACUAUUUCCAUUAGGAAGAUGCGUGAAACUCAAGAUGGCUUUGAGUUCUUUUCUGAGCAGUCCUACAUGGAUUUGGCCCCAUCACUGCGGGGGAACUAUCCACUACAUUAUGUCUAUUCCUUCCAGAGCGGUCCUUAUGUAUAUUUUCUCACCGUCCAACGAGAAGGUAGUAACUCGAAAGCUUUCCACACGAGAAUCGUACGCAUGUGUUCUUCAGAUUCUGAGAUCCUGCGUUAUGUAGAAAUGCCCUUUGAAUGCAUUUACUCUGAGCGAAGGAGAAAAAAGCGUUCAGCUCAAGUGGUUUUCAAUGUUCUCCAAGCUGCUCAUGUGGCCAAAGUUGGCUAUGACUUUCAGCAGGAGAUGGGCUUGAAAGAAGGAGAGGACGUGCUGUUUGCUGCCUUUGCCCGAAGCAAACCGGACUCACCAGAGCCCACUGCCAGCUCCGCUGUUUGCCUUAUCUCCAUCACGGACAUCAAUAAUUUCUUCAGGGAUUUCAUUCAGAGGGGUUACACAAGGAAACUCCAUCACUUUCCAGGAUCAGAAGAGAAAACCUUCAACCAGACGUUUGUAGGAGAUUCCUUCAGCUGUGGGAAGCAUGAAAGAGGCUAUCGGCUAGAAGUUACAAGCACCAACCCGCGCCGGGACUAUUUCCAUGGGCGCUUCCGGAAUGUUCUUCUCACCUCCAUAGCUGUGGUGCCGAUCCAAAACCACACUGUGGUCAGCCUUGGCACAGCUGAGGGCCGCGUCAUCCAGGUGGUGGUUUCCCGCUUUGGCAAGACGGAGCCACACGUGGACUUCCGCUUGGACACGCUCCCCGUGUCUUCAGAAAUGGCUCUGCUGUCUCCACAGCGUCACAACGGCUCCUUAUUGUUGAUAACAGGAAACAAGGUCUCCAAGCUUCCUGUGAUCGGGCCUGGAUGUGAGCAGUUGUGGACGUGCAGCUCGUGUCUUCUUGCUCCGGUCUUCAUGGGCUGUGGAUGGUGCAGGACUAGUGACCGAUGCACCAGGGCUCCUCAAUGUUCCACAUCCCACUGGAUCCAGGACUCCUGCCCCCUCCUCAUCACCUCGAUCUCUCCUUCCUCCGCUCCACUCAGAGGUCAAACCAAUGUCACAAUCUGUGGCAAAAACUUCGGCUUUAAUAAAAAAGACAGAUUUGAUACCAAACUGAUAGACGUGGUGGUCGCUGGAACGAAGUGUAAAUUGGAAAGGAAGGACAGUAAUAAUAAUCGGUUGGUCUGUGGACUGGAUCAUGUGAACUGGUCCAGCGUGGACUCUGUGGUCACAGUGCGCAGUGGCAAGGAACAGGCCCAGAAAGAUGGCUUCUCGUUUGUGAAUCCAGUUAUCAUAGAGAUCUUCCCAGAGUUUGGACCUCAGUCUGGCGGGACGAUGCUCACUAUCAGCGGUUCGUUCUUGGACAGUGGAAAUGUGCAAACAGUCACAGUGGGGAAUGCUACCUGUGUGCUGCAGAGUGUUUCAGCCACAAUGUUAACAUGUCGUACACCACCUCAGCCCUCGCCGUCCCAACACAAGGUACAGCUGCACAUAGAUGGAGUGAUUUUUGAAGCGCCUGUCAGCUACACCUACAACAAGAACCCACACAUCUCCAGCGUCCAGCCCAAACAUUCUUUCAUCAGUGGAGGAAGCACGGUGACAGUCAAUGGCUUCUACCUGCACUCAGCUCUUCAGCCUCAGAUGGUUCUCACUGCCGCCACUGAGGGCAAACUCUUCCAAGUGACCUGCAGUCAUGAUGAGGAGAAGAGAAAUAUCCUUUGCAUCACGCCCUCCCUGAAAGGCCUCAGCGUUCAGCCUCCGGUCGCUACUAAAAUGACCUUCGUCCUGGAUGGUUUUUCCACUGAUCAGUACGACCUGCUGUAUGUGGAGGAUCCCAAAUUUGAGGAGUUUCAGAAGCCCACUGUCACACCAAGAGGCAAAAAGAACAUACUGGAGAUUAAGGUCCCCCCUGUGAAUCAAGAGGCGGUGAAAAACGGCGAGGUGCUGAGAGUUUCAAAUCGGACCUGCGAGAGUGUCACUUUGGUGGGCAACACGCUCGAAUGCACCGUACCCAUGGAGCUCCAGACCGCCGCCAAAGAGCUGGAGGUGGAGUGGAAGCAGGCCACAUCAUCUUGUGAUCUUAGGCCCGUGUUGUGGUGGUUUGGCUCAAGUACCAAGAUUCCAGGCUCCUCGAUCACUGGAGGAGUGUGUGUGUCCAUCCUCCUCCUGCUCCUGAUCGCAGUGUUUGUUUGGAUCAAGAGAAAGAAGCACAUUGAUGAUUUAGCUAAGGCUAUGGUUUGGUAUGACGGCCGGGCUCACAUUCCGCACUUGGACAUGUUGGCAAACGCGAGGAGUGUCAGUCCCACUAAUGAAAUGGUCUCUCACGAGUCGGUGGACUAUAGAACCACUUUGCUUGAGGACCAAAACUUGCCUCUGUCUCAGACAGAGUCCUGCCGACCUCAUCUCUACGCUCAUUCCCAUGUGGAUCUGUCCCCAAUGCUCGGGCCCUUGGAAGGGGACCUGGCGUCUCCGCUGCUGCCCUCUACAGCGCCUAUAGAUCUAGGCAGCCUCCAUCCUGAGCUGCUGAAGGAGGUCCAGCAUGUGGUCAUCGCAAGAGAAGAUCUGCUCUUACAUGUCAACGAGAUCAUCGGGAGAGGGCACUUCGGCUGUGUGUUUCAUGGAACCCUCCUCGAGCCAGAUGGCCAGAAGCAGCACUGCGCCAUCAAGUCCUUAAACCGAAUCACGGAUAUCGAGGAAGUGUCUCAGUUUCUGAAGGAGGGCAUCAUCAUGAAGGACUUCAGCCAUCCCAAUGUGCUUUCUCUGCUGGGAAUCUGCCUGCCCAGCGAGGGUUCGCCUCUCGUCGUGUUGCCUUACAUGAAGCAUGGAGAUCUGCGCAACUUUAUCAGAGAUGAAAGUCAUAACCCCACAGUGAAGGACCUGAUGGGUUUUGGGCUGCAGGUGGCUAAAGGAAUGGAGUAUCUCGCCAGCAAGAAAUUUGUACACCGAGACCUCGCGGCCAGAAACUGCAUGCUGGACGAGAGCUAUACAGUGAAGGUGGCAGAUUUUGGCCUGGCCAGAGACGUGUAUGAUAAAGAAUACUACAGCGUACACAAUAAGCACGGGGUGAAGCUGCCUGUCAAAUGGAUGGCGUUAGAAAGCCUGCAAACACACAAGUUCACAACCAAAUCUGAUGUGUGGUCGUUUGGUGUUUUGCUGUGGGAACUGAUGACCCGAGGUGCUCCGCCAUACUCUGAUGUGAACUCCUUCGACAUUACAGUGUUUCUUCUGCAAGGCCGGAGACUGUUACAACCAGAGUUCUGCCCGGAUGCACUCUAUAAUGUCAUGAUCGAGUGCUGGCACCCCAAACCUGAGCGUCGACCCACUUUCUCAGAACUGGUGUCCCGCAUCUCCGCCAUCUUCUCCAGCUUCAGCGGCGAGCACUACAUCCUCCUGAACACCACCUACGUCAACAUCGACAAAAUGACACCCUACCCGUCUCUCAUAUCAUCUCAGAGCAACCUAGACCGUGACUGCUGCACCUGAGACACCAAAAAAAGAAACGACCAUGAAAGACUCUGGACAGGCUUUCAUCAUUGAGGCAGGGGGAGGAAAAGAGUGGCCCAAGGACACUGUGAAAGACUUAAAAGGCCCGAACACUCCCUUCAUCAUCGCUGUAAAUAGAUUAUGAUGAUCCGUGACCUGUGGAGGAGCUUGAGAUGGUCCUGUUCUCCUGGGACGGAGAGCCAAAGACUGUCGGCGUCCCAUUCGAUGUGAGCGUCUGAUCCAUUUUUGCUCUAAGCGUGUUCUCCGGCGAUAACUGAAAGUGCGAUUUUAUUUUCUGUGAAAAGUGUCGUAAAUUGUUGUGCAUGCCUUCGUACCAUGAACUGAACGCUGCAUAAUGAGGAGAUCAGGAGAACGUCAGACACAUUUUUUGUUGUUUUUUA